AUGGACGGGCGGAAUGCUGAGACCCUCCACGAUCUAGAUAGCGAUCUGGAUAUGUCCCACAGUAAUCUGGCACACUUGUUUUUUGAUAUGGAGCCUCCCUUAACUUCGACAGAAGUUACUCCUUUGAUGAUUGCAGCGGCAAAGAACGACCUGGCUGCUCUAGAAACCCAUACUGCAGAACAUCACGGCGCGGAAACAAGUCACGGAAUCACCGCCUUGAUGUUUGCUGCAGCCAUGGGAAACGUGCGCGCUGUCCAGCAUCUUUCCAGGUUUGAGGCUGGCCACGCAGACCAUCACGGUCGAACUGCGCUUAUGUUUGCUGCAGAGAAUAGGCAGCUUGAUGCUAUGAGAAUUCUUGCGCCUUAUGAAGCUCGGAAGCAGACACUUAAUGGAACAACGGCGCUUAUGAUAGCUACCAGGCGGAAUCACACUGAGGGCGCGCAGCUACUUUCUGACCACGAGGCAGGUAUGCAAGAUGCGGUAGGAUUUACAGCGCUGAUGCUAGCUGCUGAACGUGACUACUUCAAGAUUAUUAGGAUACUUCUAGAGCGUGAAUCACGGAUGACAACCAACAAAGGGGUGACUGCGCUUAUGAUGGCUGUCAUCUGCAACAAACGCAUUUCUGCGCGUAUUCUUGCCCUAAAAGAAGCGGGGAUGCAGUGCAGACAUGGGCUAACUGCACUGAUGAUGGCUGCGAACAAUGGUAAUGCCGAUUUGGUAGAUUUGCUCAAAGCGGAAGAGGGUGGACUGCAAGCAGAAAAUGGAGCAACAGCUCUUAUGAGUGCUGUGAUCCAUCGUCGUGUUCCGGUGAUCAGAUUACUAAUAGAUCAAGAGGCUCGCUUGCAAAAUAAGAACGGUCAGACUGCUACUAUGCUGGCUGCCAGAGAAGAUUACUUUGAUGGCGUAAAGGAGCUUGCUCGAUAUGAGGCUAGCAUUAGAGAUAACAGGGGCAUGACAGCCCACGCAAUUGCAUACGAGCUUGGCUAUCAGCAUAUUGCAGAUUAUCUAGAGCCCCUUGAGGGUGGGAAUAUUUCUAAGCCUGUGGAAGACGCGCUGGCUCUGCUCUCUUCGUCAUUGCAGUUUAGCAGCGCGCCCGCAUCAAAACGCGCAAGUGUACACGACAUCGGUUCCACUGAAAAGUUCACUUAUACUCCAGACGCUACUUACUUUAUACCAGCGUCUCCUGCCCAAGGUUCAAUCCUGUAUCGGCGGACCAAUAGAGCAAAAAGCGCAUCUGUGCAUCCUGACGAUGUAAGCAUGAGUGACCUGUUUUACACUAUAGGUGAAACUAAUCCGUCACGGCAUAAACGAAUAAAGUCGGACAGAUUUAGCACAGAUAGCAAUGACUCUAACCAAUCUCCUAGUAUAUCCGCUCGGAGACCUCUUAGAUCAUCCACUCUUAAUAGUAACAUCUUUUCUAGAUAUAUGCCUGGCCAAGACCCAGCAGCAUAUGCUCCAGUAGGUAACACGCUCCUACUCCAUCAGAAAUUCAGAGCUGGAAUAAGUCACCACUUAAAGACAACCACAGAACUUACGCGCAUCCUCACGGAAUUGCGAGACAGACAUCAGGAGUCAGCUCCACUUAUCACUGCCCUUCAACGCCAAAUAGGGUCGCACCUUCAGUUCACCAGCUCUCUUUUAGAUUUUAUCACUGAUGCUAUUGCAUUGAGUGAUGAUCCCACUAGAACGAAUGACGAUAUUCAGUCCCUUCUGAUGACGCUAAUGCGGCAAUUAAGCGGUACUGAGGCUCCACUCCCAGAGACAGUAGCACAAAGUCCCCACGUAGACCAAGAAACCACCUCAGAAGUUACCACAACAAAUUCUACAAAAGAACGAACGUCCUCAUUUGUGAUGCUUACAAAAAAGAUCUUCGGCAGAUUUCUGAAGCGAAAGGAGGAAGAUCGUCUUGAAACUGCGGGGGGACCCGACACUGAUGAUGGGAAUAGCUUGUCCAAUACGUGCAUCCGGUGCGGGGCUCCUUUGCCCGACCUGUUGCAGAUUAUGUGUCCACUAUGUUCCUAA